AUGGUGACAUUAGGACUGGCCAUGUGGCGAGGGGUGGACGAGGGGUCGGCGGUGACAGCAGAGAGGCCUCCGUGGUGGGAGGUGUCGGUGGAGGCAUGCCCUCGGAAAUCUAUGAUUACUGUUAUUUCAUCAUCACACCCUGCAGUAACUCAAGAUCAGGUGCGGGUGUCUAUUGAUCUUUCAAUGUCGCCGCUGUCUCUGUUGGUAAUGACUGACACAACUGCGGUGACAGCAGCAACACAAAGUGUGGUUGUGGAAGCGCCACGGGCUGGAGUGAUUGCUGUGCCGGAGAAUCCACAGGCGACAGCCAUUGCUGAUGGAGUUAUUGUUGGUGUUGUAGUUGCUGCUGAUGCUGUGCCGCCACAUGGUAGGAGAUGUAACAAUAAUCUAAUGUCAUCAGCCACUAAACAAAAUCAUAGUAUAGCUUACAAACGCACCACGACGACGAACUCGCGUACGGACCGCCGCGGUUUCUCAGUGCAGAUAGUUGGCUCCAGUCUACUUGAGUGCAUCUUUGCGGCGUCGCGGCGCAGGCGCGCGGGGCGGCGCUGGGUUCGAAGCGCUGGCGGUGACGACGGGGCCGCGGGUGGCGGCGGCGUCGCCUGCGUCGCGUCGUGCGCCAGUCGGGCCCGGGCGGCCGCGGCACUCGGGCCGAGGAACGAGGGGGUUGCAUCAUUUGUGGCGUUGCUGGCGAGGGCGAAGUGUCCUUCUUGGCAGCACCGCAUUGACGUACGCUCCUGCGGCUCUGGGUCCUGUGUUCAUGGUGAAAGGUGUGGCUGAGAAUGCUGUGUUUCAAAGUGACAGUGAAAUGAAGACUCCGAUGAGGACAUUGCACCACUGAGCAACGUUGUGGAGAUGGAAGUUUUAACUUCGCAGCUCUCAACAAGUUAUUCAUUUGAUGAACAUCCUUCGCCCUUUUCAGUUCCCGUCCCAAUUAUCAGUACCUCAGCAUUCUCCACUUCCGUCCUCCUCCACCACUCCGCUGCUGCUAGGUCCAACACACCCUCCUCUUCCACCAUACACAUAUGUACUCCCAGAACCAUUCGGUCGAUCAACAGGAAAGCAUAACUAAACGACACUUCCUUCUGGAUUUAAAACUGAAGGACAGUAAUUUAAAGGCGGCAGAAAUGUAAAAGAGUUUGUAAUUAACUGACAAGCAGCAUUAAGAGAGAAUGUAAUAUAUAAAAAUAGAAAAAAACAUGAAAGAAAAAUUAUAAAUUUAUAAUUAGAAAUCAAGGUUGUAGAGUUAGCUCACAGAAAAUAUGAGUUAGAAAUUUUAAAAAACAUACAAAUUA